AUGGUGCGAGGAAGCUGCUUUAAUGAGUCCCCGGACCUGGAGAAGAUGCAGGUCCCGUCCCACCUGGCCCCGUCCGUGUCCCCGGGCCUGCGGCGUAAGCAGCUCAUGUGGCAGAGCGCCGUCAAGCACAUCAUCGUCCAGCAAGACCUGAAGGAGCAGUACGGCCUCAAGCCACCGCGCAAAAUCGUUGUCACGGACCUCUACAUCGACGAGAUCAACCAACAGAUCCGCAGCAAGGCGUCCCGCGGCGCCACCAAGCGCCGGUCCUCCGUCGCCCGCGUCCAUCCCUCGUUCUUCGGCGAGCAGAACUUCUCCGCCGGGACGCAGGCGGGCGUUUCGGGCGAGUACGCCAGCGAUGCGGACUUUUUCGUGAGCUGGGGUCGGAUCGUUCACGGCGUACAUAUACCGACCCUACGACACACCUUCAAAUCUCACGACCUGGAGAAGCUCUACCAGCGGCACUCGUCACAAAGCAGACGGACCUCGCUAGUGAUCACCAACGUCGUGGACGCCGCUGCGAAGCUGCACCUGCUGGUCCUGUACCUGGCGCUGGCACCGGCUGGUACAGACACGGUGCAUGCUUGGCUGACCGGUUUCUUCAUGGCUGUCGCGGUGGUGCUUUGUGUUCUUGUGCUCACUUGUAAGCGUUCACAUUCGCCGGAGUGGCUGCAUAACGCCGGCAUGGCUAGCUGGCUCCUACAGACCACCCAGGUGUUGGUUGGGAUGGGGUUUGGGCUGGAGACUGACCCAUCCUGGUAUUUACUGUUUACCCUGUUUGCCACGUACACUCUUCUACCUUUACCGCUGUUUUGGGCGAUGGGAGCCGGAUCGAUCAUCUCCAUGCUCUACCUGGUUGUGGAGACUGUAGAGCACUUGGGUGAGGUGGGACUGCUCAGGAAGAUUCUUGCGAAGGCCCUGAUAUACACCAGUAUGAACAUGGCAGGUCUGUUCAUUCAUUACCUGACGGACCGGGCUCAGAGACAGGUCUUCCUGGAGACACGGCGCUGCAUCGAGGGCCACAUGAAGCUGGAGAUGGAAAACAAGAGACAGGAGCGCUUGGUGUUGUCCAUACUGCCUCGUUUCGUUGCUCUGGAGAUGAUUGCUGAUAUGAGCUCCAUGGAGGACGAAUUGCUGCCUCAGCAGUUCCAUAAGAUCUACAUCCAUCAGUACACUGACGUCAGCAUCCUUUUUGCUGAUAUCAAGGGAUUCACCUUGUUGUCCAUGACCAUGUCUGCUCAGGAACUGGUGCGCAACCUCAACGAGCUCUUCUGCCGCUUCGAUCGGCUGGCUGAGGAACACCACUGCAUGAGGAUAAAGAUCCUGGGCGACUGUUACUACUGUGUGUCGGGAGUCCCAGAGCCCCAAAGAGCUCACGCUCGGUGCUGUGUGGAGAUGGGUCUGGCCAUGAUUAGCACCAUACGAUACGUGAGGAAGCAGCUGAACCACGACAUGGACAUGCGGAUCGGGAUCCACUCCGGCUCGGUCCUCUGUGGAGUUCUGGGAUUACAGAAGUGGCAGUUUGACGUGUGGUCCUGGGACGUAGACGUAGCGAACAUGCUAGAAGCGGGAGGGGUUCCCGGAAGGAUCCACAUCUCACGGGCGACGUUAGACUGCCUGAAAGGAUGCUACCGGACCGAGGACGGGCGCGGUCAUGAACGUAACGAGUUCCUGAGAAAGCACAACAUUGACACGUUCCUCAUUUGCCACCGUGAGGAGGACGAGCCGAACGGUGUGGAUGAGGACCCUCACAAAAUUCGCAUGACCCUUCAUGGCUGCAGCACGGACGUUCCAUACGGCAGCAUCUAUAAAAUGAACAGUAUACUGGCCUCAUUCACUAAUGGCUCUCUGGCACAGCUGCCCAAUUCCAAAAAACUCUAUUCCAACGCCAGGGAGAUAAAUAAACGAAUCGAGCACGCCAUCGACCUGCGCAGCAGUGAGCGCAUGCACCAGGAGCACGUCACUCCGACCACGCUGGUGUUCAAGGACUCGCUCAUCGAAGAGAAGUUCUCACAGAUGAGGGACGAAACAUUUAAGACUAACCUGGUCUGUUCCUUCAUCAUGCUCCUCUUCGUUAUGGCCGUCCAGGUCCUCGUCCCAGCACCCAGGUUGUUCCCCGUGUUGGUGCAGUUCGGCGUGGUGCUAAUGGGAUACCUGUUGUUGCUGCUGAUAGUUCUGGCUGAGGAGUUUAAAUGCUCCCCGUCUCCGCUCCAGCGCCUCUGCUGCUUUAUUCAUGAGAACAACGGUGUGCGCUGUCUCCUCACCAUCACCGCCGUGGCUAUGAACUUCGGCAUGGCGUCCGCUGACAUGGUGUGGUGCAACUUUAUAUUUGAGGAAGAUGCUGACGGUGCUAAUGACAGCCUACAGCAGCCCAGACAAACACAGCUGACCGUCUGCAGUUAUCCUGAGUUCUUCGUGCUGAGUGCCGUCGUCUCGAUGGUCACCUGCGCCGUGUUUAUGAGACUGAGCUCUCUCCUAAAGCUGACCGUCCUCUUACUGGUCGCAGUGGUCUAUACUUACUUCAUCGAAGUGGCCUUUCAUGCUCUUAACGUCAGUCAGCAGGAGCAGGAGCAGAAUCUCAGGUCUCAGUAUCUGAGGAGAAAAGGUGUCUCGGUUCUGUUAAUGGCCAUGUUUGUGAUCGCCGUGUUCUACAACGGCCGACAGUGGGAGGCCACGGCGAGACUGGACUUUCUGUGGCGCCUGCAGGCCCAGAAGGAGGUGGAAGACAUGAGAGAGCUGAGAGAACACAACGAGUGUUUACUCCACAACAUCCUGCCAGCUCACGUCGCUCAGCACUUCCUGGAUAGAAACAAAAACGAUGAUGAGCUUUAUGCCCAGUCGUAUGAUGAAGUGGGUGUGAUGUUCGCCACCAUCGCCGGAUUCAAUGACUAUUACGAGCAAAAAGAGAUUAAACACGGGGGUGUAGAGUGUCUCCGACUUCUAAAUGAGAUUAUAGCUGAGUUUGAUGAGCUGUUAGAGGAAACAUACUUCAUGAAUAUUGAGAAAAUCAAAACUAUCGGGAGCUGUUACAUGGCUGCAUCAGGUUUAUCACCCAAUAAACAGGUUAGUGGUGGCAGCGACUGGCAUCACCUGAGCGAGUUGGUACUUUUUGCUCUGGCAAUGCAAGAGAUGCUGAAGUCCAUCAACAAGCACUCCUGCAACAACUUCCAGCUCCGCGUGGGAAUCGCACACGGCCCUGUUGUCGCUGGGGUAAUCGGUGCUACAAAACCGCAGUACGAUAUCUGGGGAAUUACCGUGAACCUGGCGAGCCGCAUGGACAGCACAGGCAUCAGCGGAAGGAUCCAGGUUCCUGAGCCCACCAAGAAAAUUCUGGCAGAUUGGGGCUUUUUGCUGGAACUGCGAGGAGAGAUUUUCAUCAAGGGCGUGAGCGAGCGGCAGGGGCGCUUACGGACCUACUUCAUCAGCCGGAGUCACAAGACGAACAAUGGAAUAACAGGAGAGGGAAGGUCGGCCACGCGCGCUGGAGGGAGGAACACCCUGUCCACUGUGGUGUUUAGCCUCCUUCGGGCAAUCCAAAAAGAGAAGCAGGGCGGCACUGCUGGCAGGUUCACUCCGCCCACUUACAAUGUGCAGUGUUAG